CAAGGAGCCUCCAGACGUCCCCGCCCUCCUCCCUCCCGGACACCGGCCGAGCCCCACGCCAACAUGUGCCACACCAGCUGCUCCGCGGGCUGCCAGGCUUCCUGCGGCUCCUCCGGCCCCUGCCAGGCGUCCUGCUGUGUGCCCGUGAGCUGCAAGCCCGUGUGCGUGCCCGUGAGCUGCAGACUCGCCGUGUGCGUGCCCGUGAGCUGCAGGCCCGCGUGUGUGCCCUCCUGCCAGUCCUCCGUGUGCGUGCCCGUGAGCUGCAAGCCCGAGUGUGUGCCUUCCUGCCAGUCCUCCACGUGCGUGCCCGUGAGCUGCACACCCACCGUGUGCGUGCCCGUGAGCUGCAAGCCUGAGCGUGUGCCCUCCUGCCAGUCCUCCGUGUGCGUGCCCGUGAGCUGCAAGCCCGAGUGUGUGCCCUCCUGCCGGCCCUCCUGCCCCACCCUGGUCUGCAGACCCGUGUGCUGUAGCUCCCCGUGCUGCUUCUGACCAGGGGUCUCCUAACACCUGCUCCGGGGGCAGAGGGGGCCCCGCCCGUGCCCCUCCGGUGAGGACCAAGUCUUCGCCGGGCCUCCAGUUCUGCGCGUGGCAGGUCAAACACUCCCGAUGAAUCGUCUGAACCCUGGGGCGAGGACGGAGCAGGACGAGCGGAUCCCCCCGUGACCCUGCGUGUCUCCGCCGGGGUCCUUCUCUGUCUCCGGCAGGGAACCCAGCCCGUGUGAGCCCAAUAAAUCGUGCCUCCCUGA